UUUAAAAUGCUUGCUUACACUCAAGGCCGCGGUAAGUAACACCUAGCGGACAAACAAGGAACUACAAGUUCGUUCGGCGCGGCUGCCCCGCUCCCCGCCGCCAGUAUUGCGUCAUUCAGUUUGCGAAGUGGCCGCGUGGCACGUGUAACAAAAAUAGGCCCAAAAGAAUCGUAAGUAUCUUUUGUACUAUUGCAUUUGACAAUGUCAAUUGACGUUUAUUUUCUUUCUUAAUAAACUCUUCUAAUGGGCUGAAUAUAUGGUCAAUGUGAUGUGAUCCAAAUAUUUUUCAUUCUUUUUUGUUUAUAAACGUGGUUGGUGGUUAUUAUGGCCUACAAAAAAUACCUAUAGGCCUUAUUGCACUAUAUGGAAACGAAUUUUCUCUUAGGCUUUAUUAUCCUCGUAUUUAAAAUAUCACUUUUGAUUAUUCUAUAACUAAGUUUAGGUUACUACAAAGUUAGUGUGUAAUAAAUUGUUAUAUUUUCAUAGUGUGAAACAUUAUUUCUUAUAGGCCUUAUUAUCCACCUACUUCACAUAUCGGUUUAGGUGUAAUGUAAUAAUUAUUUUUUUAUGAAUUAAUUUAUUUUUAACGAUUUGAUUUGAAAUACAAAUUGUCAGUAUAUAAAGACAAUUAUUUCUUUUAGGCUUUAUUAUCCUCCUACUUCGCAUAUCGGUUUUUCGUAUAUAUAUUUAAUGUAUUUUAGAUAACCACGACGUUAGUAUAUAACGAUUUGUUAUAUUUUCAGUGUUUAUGACUACAAUGCCGCGAAAACGAGCAUUGUGGUCAGAAGAUGCCUUAGCGUCUGCAGUUCAGGCAGUUCAAAGAGGAAUACUUAGCACAUACAAAGCUGCAGCGAGGUAUGGGGUUCCAAGAAGAACUAUAAGAAAUCAUCUCAAGAGUGGCAAUUUGAAAAAAACACUAGGCCGAAAAACUAUACUGAACAAUGACCAAGAAACCGAUCUUGUGAACAGAAUAAUCAGGUUUGCUGAUAUAGGUUUACCUGUGACAACACGCAUACUGCGUCGUUUGGUUUAUAAAUUUUGCGAGGUUAACGACAUCAAACACAGUUUUAAUAAAAACAUGAGACUAGCUGGAAAAGAUUGGUACAAGGCGUUUAUGAAAAGGCAUCCAGAAAUAUCAAAGAGAAAGGCUCAAUUCAUGAAUCCAGCCAGAGCGCAAAAGCUGAACAAAUUCAUUGUCGAUGAUCACUUUGAAAGAAUAAACGAAAUAUAUAAUCAACUUGAUCUAAAAGAUCAUCCUGAAAGAAUUUACAAUAUGGAUGAAAAAGGUUGCCGCCUGACAAUCCACCAUCAGCAAGCUGUUCUAGCUAAGAAAGGAGCCAAAAGAGUGCAUUUAGUAUCAUCGGAGCAUGCAGAAAGUGUAACCGUCGCAGGAUGUGUAAAUGCACUAGGUACUGCCAUACCACCGAUGAUCAUAUUUAAAGGCAAGCGGUUGAAGCCAGAAUUAUACGAUAAUUUGCCUGCUGGAUCAUUAGUUGAAAAAUCUUCGAAGGGUUAUAUGAACAAUGAACUUUUCAAAGAAUUUUUAAAGCACCUGGCCAGAUACAAAAGUGGUGGAAAAUGCCUUUUGGUAUUCGACGGAGCCGCCUGCCAUUUAGAUCUGUCUAUCGUCGAAGUCGCUGAUUCACUCAACAUAUCGUUAUACUGUUUGCCGUCAAAUACCACUCAUGAGCUCCAGCCCCUCGACAAAGCUGUCUAUCGAUCAUUUGAACACCACUGGGAUGCUGAAGUUUUGUUAUUUCUGGACCAAAAUCCAGAUAAGAAAAUCACCAAGGCUCGCUUCAAUGUGAUUUUAACAAAUGUCUGGUCCAAAUGCAUGACCCAUAGUAACAUUACUAGUGGUUUUAAGGCUACUGGCUUGUAUCCUUUGAACCCUCAGGCUAUUCCAGAGACUGCUUUCGCUCCAUCAAUAUUAUCAGAAGCUCCAGCACCUCCAGUUUCAGAUGCAGUCGAGGAAGAGAUUCUGGGAUGCAGUUCUCCAGCUGAAGUGCCCUUAACACCAACCAGAAGCUCUCCAAUUAGCUCGUCGCCUGAAAUGUUGUUAGCCUUAACGAACAACUCCCCAACAAUGCUCAACAGAUCGCCAUCAGAAGCAUUGACCCCAGUAAGGCCAACAACUUCAAGGUCGCGUAAUAUGUCACCUUCUGGAACAUUGUCAUCAACGAAUAGUACUCCAGUUAGACCGGCUGGGAGCUUUUAUCGCACGGUUUAUAAUAGUUCUACUUCCGAUGAUGAUGAAGACAAUAUGCCGCUCAUUCAGUUGAAAAAAACUGCAUUUCAAGAUCUUAUGCCUACGCCGCUCAAAGCCUUAAACAAAACACCAACAAUUAGGAAAAAAGCUAUUAAUUAUAGAGGUACUCCAGUAACAAAAGAUCUGUUUGACAAAAAGGCGAAAGAAAACAAAAGUAGAAAUAGUAAAGUAAAAUCUUCCAUGGCAAAGAAGAAAAAUACCUCUAAAUCCAAAGGCAGAGAAAAUAAAAUCCAAGAAAUCUGGUACUGUCAUGGCUGCCAAGAGGAUAAAGUAGCUGACAUGAGAAAAUGUGUUAAAUGUGGUAAAUGGUAUCACGAGGAGUGCGUCGGUUUGUCAGCGACAGACACAGAAAAUUUUGAAUGCCCAAAUGGAUGCUAGAGGAGCCCAUUAUUUUUCUCAUUUUGAAUUAACCUUAAUUAAUAAUCAAUAUUCUUAAAUUUAUACACGUGUAACGUGAAAUUAAUUUGAAUUUUAUGUUAAAGUAGACGUAGGCCUUCUUAUCCUACAAAUAGUAAAAUAAGGCCUGUAGUAAAAUAUGGCCUACAGGUAAGAUGGUAAAAAAUAUUUAAUUUUGUUUUUGUUUAUGCCAAAAAUGUGCAGUUUUUGUUUAUUUGUUAUGUACGGUACUCUCCAAGACUGAUUAUUGUUCCUUAUAUUGAUAGUUAAGUGACCGGAAGUUACUGAUGAUUUUGGGUGCUAAAUAAAGGUUAUCUAGGUUAUUAAGCAUCUAUGCUUAGGAAUAUAAACGUAAUUAUUCAUCUUAAAUGAUUAUUGAUCUCAUUGAGCCAAAUAUAUGACGUAUUUUGUUAUUAAAAAGUUGUUAAAGUCUUAGGCCUUUUUAUACUGCCACAGUAAAAUAAGGCCUAUGAGCAAGGUUUUUAAAAACAUUUUUUUUUUGGGUUUGUUUUUGGCUGAA